CCUCUGCUGCCACGCCCUGUGGCUCACCAUUACUCUUUCGCAGCGCAUACAGCCACCUGCCCCUCAUCGUACAGCGCCAGCCUCCCCUCUUUGCCAAGCUUCUCAUUCAUCAUACAAGUUCCUUCACCUCAUCAUCUUGCUCAGACGCCGUCUCCCCCCUCAUCCCCUUCCUCCUCCCUCCAACCUCCCACACGCUCUUUCCCUGCCAUCGCCUGCUGGUCCUCGGCCGAGUGCGGACACUUUCGCGAUUUCUCAUACUCCCCCCUUUCCUCCAUCCUGAACGCGGGACAGUGGCCCUGAAGACAUCUCUUACGGAGAGGGGGCAGGAGUGAGGAGCCCAAUACCACCUCUACUGCGCUGGCUGAGCGCUUGCAGCAUCCCUUCCCAUCCUUGAUGACGUCUACGGUCACUACUGCCGCGUCUCCCUUUUCCAUUCUCACCACCCUGGCAUCCCAGCCGCAUACAUCGGCCAUGGUGCCUUCUUCUUCCUCUGCCUCAUCCUCUUCCAACCCACUCGUAUCCUCGGAUGAGCCUUCCUCCUCGUCCCUCUUCUCGAGCGAUGAGGCCCGCUUCAUAUCCGACUCUUUUGCCUCGGCUCAGAGCUUUGACCCCUUUCAGCACGGCGCACCGGGAAUCAAGGUCCCUGCACUCCUACCACCAGGACUGAUACACAGCAUGGCCGAUGCCAACAGUGCUGACUUGGGAGGCAGCGGCGGCGCAACAGCUGGCCCUUCAAGUCAGCCCUGGGGACAGCAACAUGUGCUCAGCCCAUCGGCUUCCUCGUCCGACGGGCCCUUUGCCGGGGCAGGAGCUGCGAGCAUAGCAGGCGCUGGCUGGUCCAAUAACAAUGCUCAAUGGAACAGUCCGGGAGGUAGCGUUGGCGCUGGUGGUAGCACGUAUCAGGAUGCAGCAUCGUUGCAACCAGGACAUCAGAUGCAGCAGCAAGGCUUUCCGCAAGCGGGACCAUCUCGGUCCCGCGGCAACUCAUGGGCCCCAGGUAUGAAUUCGUGGACCGGGCAUCAAGGUCAACAGCAGUCACAGCAACAACAGCAACAGCAACAGCAACAACACUCUUUUCAUCAUCCUCAGCAGCAGUCACAGCAUCAACAGCAACAGCAACAGCAAGGCUUUCCGCCCAAUUGGGGUCAAAUGAGCAGCAGCGGCGAUGGCAGCAAUAGCCAGUCUAUGUGGCCGGCAAACCAAGGUCAUGGGCGCGGUCUUCAUCACUCACAGAGUUUCUCGGCCGGAACCCCUUCUGCAUCUCCCUGGGCGCCGGCCCAAGCCAUGAGCCCGGACGAAGCUGCGACUGCCGCUGCUGCUGCCGGUAGGCUGACUACCGGAGGAGCACUCUCUGGUCCAUAUGGUCGCAAUAGAGCUUGGCAACAACAGCAGCUCGAGGCUCUCCAAGCCGAGAGGCAACGCUACCUGGAGCAGAUGAACAAUGCAGGAGGGUCAGGUAUGACUCGUCAUCGGCAGGAGAGCGGCAGUAGUCAACAGUCCAGCAUAGACGGGGCAGGAGGGAUCAACUACAUGGGAGGAGGAGGAAACGGGGGAGGGGAAGCCAUGCCUACCACGAGCUCUCCUGCUUCCUACUGGUCAAGCUCCCAGUUGCCCAACACGGCAGACUAUCUACCGGGCAUGGCAAAUUACCACGACGGGAGUGUCCAUGCGAACCGCUCUCAAGGCGCUGGAGGCCACCUCUCCACCAUUGCCAUGUCCUUUCCCUCUAGUCAUGACUUUCCCGACGCCUCCCCGCCCGCAGGGACCUUUGACGAGGCGUCUGCUGCUCGCUUCGGGAACAGCAUGGCUGGCCGGAUGGAGCAGAUGGGCGGCGGUAUGAACAUGGGGAUGUCAAUGGACAUGAGAGGUGCCCAGCAGCAGCAGCAGCAGCAGCAACAACAGCAACAGCAACAGCAGCAAAGAUUACAACAACAGUCUGGCAACACUCGCAACUCCUCUGCAAACAAGAAGAAGGAGGAAGGCUCAACUUCGAGGAUGGUGGACGGAGUGGACCGCCGCGCUUCGCGAGACGGCAGCGACGGACCUCUAUGGCAGAAGAGGUCUUCACCCACUGAGCCCUCCCAGACGUACCCGCCCAUCAAUGUCCGACCUCAGGCGAUCGAUCGGGCGCAGUUCACCUCUCAGCUCAAGGCAGCUGCAGCUGCAGCUGCAGCAGCUCGGCAGCCGGACGAGCUGGAGCUCCUCUGCGCUGCCUUCUACGGUAGGGAAGCAGCCGAGGAGCGCAGGCGAAUUCAGCCUCACUUGGUCGACUUGAAGGAGCGACGUAGAGAGGAGCGCCGGCGGAAAAUGCUUGCGCAGGCAGAAACCAGCAAAGGCAGCAACAAAGUCAAGAAGCGCCAGUCUGACUCCAACAUGGCGUCUGCCUCGGGUCAGGUAGGGUCGGAUGGAGACACGAGCAUGGGCGGGGAGGGUGCAGAUAGCAAGGACGGCGAGAAAGACAAGGACAAGUCUGCCGCUACAGGGAGGAAGCCUCCGCACACGCUGCUGACAGAGGCAGAGAAGAAGGCCAAUCACAUUGCCUCUGAGCAGAAGCGAAGAGCCAAUAUCCGCAAAGGCUACGAGAUGCUCUGCAGUGGUAUGCCGUCUCUCAAUGAUGCACUCGAAGAGGGCGGUGGAGGUGGAGGGGAUGGAGGAGCAGAGAGCGGAGGGGAUGCCGCAGGUGGGGACAAGCUGGAUGGGAGAGCAGGGCCAAGGAGCGAGGCAGUCGUGCUAGGCCAUUCUGUCGAGCACCUCCGCCACCUCCUCGAGGUGCACCGCGAUCUCCGCUCUCGACGAGACCACGCCCGUCUGAAACUCGCGCGCGCGAAGCUGGGCGUCGACAUCCUUGCAAAGGAGACCGACGGUGCUGCCAAUACCGAGGGUAAAAGUGGGACUACUGGUACUGGAGCUGGGAAAGGUGCUGCUGGUGGUGCUAAAAAGGGCGGAGCUGGUGGUGGAGGCGGCAGCGCAAAGAAAGCUGCUGCUGCUGCUGCUUCAGGCACGGCUGCAGGAGAGAAGAAGAAGAAGUCUGCUAGUACCAACAGCACUAGCACCGCCAGUAGCAAGACCGGCGGGCUUAAAAGCGACAGCGCUACUGCGGAAGCGAAAGGCGCCACUGCGUCUUCCUCCAAGCCUCAACUUGCUUCGAGCGCUGCACCCAUGACGGACGGGGAUGGGGAUGGGGAUGUGGCCGAUAUUGAGGAUGGGGAUGAGGAGGACGAAGAGCAAGAGCAAGUGCAAGAGCAAGACAAGGACAAGAAAAGUGCAGCCACUCAAGAGCUGCAAGGCGCUAGCGCAGACAAAGACACUCAACUCGCCAAGGACAGUGCGCCUAAAGAGGCCGGAGCUUCCCAGGCCCUUGAAGACGAAGACGACGACAGUCCUGAUGCAGAUGCAGAUGCUGUCAAUGGCGGCGGUACCGGUGGUGAAAAGACGCCUACUGCCGCUUCUACAGCCGCUGCCGCUGCAAAUGCCAGUAGCACGUCAAGCGCUAUUGCAAACGUACGACGUUCUACUCGUCGCACCACUUCUGCCUCUGCCUCUGCCUCUGCCUCCACUUCUGCUAGUACGGGUGGUGGAGAACCUGUCAAGAAGGAGGGUACAGGGGAUGUCGCUCCAGAAGGAAAAGGAGAGGGCGGAGGCGGAGGCGAAGGUGGAGGCGGAGGGGAAGGCGAGGAGAAUGCUAUGGAUGUUGCGUGAUAGACGCUGCACUCCUGCGCGGGACCGGAUGGAGCAGUCUACCCGGUCACCGCCGGUCAUACGAGUAGGGGCGGAAAGGGG